AUGGGGAGUCCUCUUGACACUGCCUUCAUCCAGGCAGAGCCGUCACUGUUAUCGCCUAAUAAUUCGUGGUUGCAACUGAUUUGCGACGGCCGAGCAAGAGUCGCUCCGGUAGCACCCAGUGGUUUAUCCAGCUUGUUGGCGGGUCCAUCUUACACUUUUGGUGGAGAUUACAUAGCACGUUAUGUGUCCAAGGAGGAUAGGAGCAUUCGUUGUUCCUCGAGAAACAUGGCUGGUGACACAGGAGUGGGUGGUGUGAUUUUCCUCGAGUUUUAUUGGUGGCCACUGGAAGAUACGAAAACAAGUCUGGUUGCCUAUCGAAUGGUGGUGACGCUUAUGACAACCGCUAGGGUGCCAGUUUUGAACGCAAGUGUGCGUUUUGAGCGGGGUUUAAUCGACCAAGACACCGUCACGUCGGCGGCGACGCCACACUUGGAGUUGUGGGUUCCGACAGAGCGUGUCCAGCUCGUGAAGACUUGGAAACAAUGGCUUAUUGUUGAUGGUCAGUAUCGGCGAACGUGA